AUGCCCCAGCGCGGCAGUUCCGAGCUCUGGCUCUACAAGCACGAGGAUGGCAGUGACCCUUCGACCUUUACCAACAACAGCGUAGCUUCCUUUCCAGGCCACGACACUAACGCCCAAGUACGAGAAUUUCUGUGGCGCACACGCGGCUCUACUGACCAUGGCAUUGACCAUCGCGACUUUCAGCUGGUCUCGUGGGGGACUGACCGGCGUCUCCACUUACAUAGCUUAGCACCAGAGAAGCUCGAAGAAGCCGUCGGCUACCGUAAAGGAGAGUCCUUUGCUCAAGAGUCCACUGGGACACGUAAAGGUGCAGCUUAUGUCUCUUACCGCAAUGGUCCAAUACCCACUACUACCACAACCGUCCGAGAUGAAUUUGGUCCGCCUCGCCAGCAACGCAAAGGGAACCUGUCGACCCUCUUGCAAAACUCCCUCCACAACGAUGAACUUCACACCUUGCGAUAUAAAGACCCAACGCAUCCCCGUUUACACUCUGAAACCGUUCCGCGCGAGACCAUGACUGCCCAGCCAAUUCGUCGCAAAGACCCACGAGUUGUUAAUCACAUCACGUGGAUUAACGGCGUCAAGUUUGGGGAUUCGCGUCAUACCAACGUCGACGACCAGACCCAUCCCAAACAACACCAUCGCACAGAAAAGCACCCUUAUCAAGAGCAAAAUGACUUGGGCUCUGAGAUUUCACAUGUUGGAAACAGAUAUAAGAAAAUUACAUUCGAGCAGAUUGAUGUACCCGGUCGCCGCAUCAAAGUCUGUUUCAACGGUCCAUGGGGUGACUACGACCCGACCACUGAGGACGCAAGACUUGCAUUCCUUCGCUUUACCAUCAAGUUUCCAACGGGAUAUCCAAAAGCCAUUGAAAGUGUGCAGUCGGGAACUGUCGUUGCCAGAAUACCGACCCCGUUGGAGAUUGAGUUCGAGAAGACUACUGCAUCCAUUAGCCGAGAAAACCAAGAAGAGCUGAUAAACAACAUGCAUCGCAUUGCUGAUACUUGUGCAAAUCAGCAAAAGGAAGCACUAGAAGCGGUACUUUCCUAUGCUCUGGGAGAGCGCGCAUUAGAUGACAGCCUGGACCUGGCCGAUGAUGAUGAUCCGUUAGAGGACCUUGGCCCCCUACCAGGAGAGAGCUCUAGUGAGGAUGAGGACCAUGAGGGCGAGUUUACUGACGACGUGAUGCAAUCUUCUCAUACGAACGCCAAUAUCCCCCUUCCUAUCCAGUGUACAGCUCGGUUCUCGGUAGAUGGAACUCUAGUAGUUGCAAGAAUACCCAUAGUCAAGUCAGCGCCAGGCCCAGAGGCCUAUAGACUUCAGAUUACGAGAAGCCUUCGCCAGGGUGGUCUGAAGAAUGAUAUAUUCGACUCUUUCGGGCGCUUCACUUACCAACGUUCUGAAGGCUCUGAUGACGGAUCAUCUCCAACUUCUUCCGACGGUUCGUGGGAAACAUCUUCCUCUCCAUCGUCUUCGUCCGACUCCGGCCAUGCGCGAAACGCACACAUUGGGAAUUUUCAACCUCCUUUGGCCUGGCAGAAAGCUGCAUCUCGAUUCCAAUCACGCAACUCGUUACCUUCUUCGAGUGGUUUACGAAAGCAAUCGCCCAAGACCAGGUCCACGGUAUCUAUCCUGUAUUCGGCAAUAGAUAGACUGGUCCCCAGCAAACGUGUCCUCGCGGAAGAAUACCGUAUUUUUGGUCCUGGGCCCACGAUUUGUGAGCACAACGCAGAAGUAGCCCGGAAACAUGGAUUUGAGGACCUUGCGGAUAUCUGGAUGCUUUGCAAGCUGAUUUUGAGCGACGAGGUACCUCUGGAGAUACUGCCUCAACAAUAUCGGCGGGAUCAAGUACUUGUCCUCGCACGUCGAGCUCUCGUGAGGAUCAAACGCAAGGAUAGCGGACUAGAUCUUCGGUUCGACGAGUCGGACAAUGUGAGCAAUCCUAAACUCAGGGCGCGGGUCAAGUGGGGCCACCACGUCGUUGUCACAUGGUUGAUACCCUCGCUCUUUGAACACUUCGAGCGACUCGCGGACACCCAAAUGCUUGCUAUGCUGUCUUGCAUAUUUGCGGAGCCUGCUGCUCGCGAGGGUGUGACGUCAGCCAUGGCCAAAAUGCGGCAGUCUCAGCUACCCAUGUCCAUGGAGGCGCCAGCUUUCUCACUGGAUUACUUUCCUUCGGCAGAUGCUGCGUGGAGUUUGUUCAAGCCUACAAUAUCUAUUCCAUCUACUCCUUCGCAAACACGAUUUGCUGCACCAGUCACGGAGUUUGGCUGGCAGAGGCUGGCAAAGAAUCAUGACACUUACGGCAGCCACAGUAGUUCGAACGGGCCAUGGGGUAGCGACACUGUCAAUUCUGAUCCGUUUACUCCAUAUUCUACUGGCAACACACCCCCAGUUUUGUCCAGGGCACCCACAGUGAGGACUGCACAGACCGCAAACCAUACCCCGUACGGAACAUCACCAGAGCACAGCCAUGGAGCCCUCAAGAAAAGUUCAACUGCUAAUUUUGCAAGUGCUGUUGCUGCACUGUCGCGCCCGUUUGCAAACGCCAUUUCCUCGUCACCACCAGUCAGAUCACGAAUGGAUGAUCUUUCGACUUCUGCGCCAACUAGCGGAGUUACUUGGGGAACAACGACGUUCUAUGGCAGUGACAGUCAUGAUCAGAACAACAUGGCACCUUCGCGUUCGAAAUAUGGCAAGAGAUCAAGUUUUGCACAGUCUGAGUAUGCAAGCAUCAACUAUGUGGACGAUUCCGAUUCCGAGUACGAAAAGCUUGACGAGGAUGGUGGCUACACCAUGUCCGGCACGAGAGAGAAUAGCAUGCCUGGCACGCCUCGGGAUGGCGAGGUUGGGCAAAGCGUCAUCAAGGUUACGCUCAAGAAUCAGGAUCAAUUCGAUGAUGAGGCUUGUUUCAGUCGGCCUCUACUAGAUAUGAGUAGAGACUGGUUGCAUCGCGCAUGGCGGGAGCAGUAUGCUGAAAUGCUCAGCCGAUGGGAAUUGGUCAGUGUUCGGGCAGAGGUACUCAAGUUUAAUGGUCUUGUUUCCUACUUCCCAACCGAAGCUCAUCGUACUGGCUCGAAGCCUGGCUCGGUUUCGCUCACACUCAAGCGAUCUGGAGACGAAGAGGGAGAUGGGAGAGCAGCUAGAAAUCUGUCACAGGCUUCAUCCACGUUGGUACCGCCAACACCCGUAGCAGCUCAGGUGAAGCGCUCGCCGGUUGCAUCACCACGUCAUUUUUCCUUCAACCCGGAAGCAACAGAGUUUCAACCCUCCACUUUGCCAAAUGCCCUACUGGAAGAGUCGACGCCUGCUCAAGAAAUUGCUCUUCCCACCGAACAGUACUUGCGCCUUUCCAUCCCCGCCCUAACGCCUACGAUAGAGCUAGAUGAGAGCCUCGCAGGACUUGGUACAUCACCCGGUCAGAAUAAAUUGCAUCCUCCUCCGAGUAGAACAAGCAGACCUAGUUUGUCACGAGGAACAUCCAAUGUUUCCGGUGCCUCGUCAUGGCGGGACAGCCGUCCGCGUUCAACGCCGAAUGCACCUCCUAAGCCUAUCAAGUCAGAAGCUAUCUACAGCUGCAGUAUCUGUUGGAUACGCGUCUCAGGUCUCUUCUAUCUCUGUCCCGCCUGCGGUCACGUUGCACAUUUUGGCUGUAUGGACGAGGAAAUUGGCGCGGAUGAUGGCGACUGCGUAGUUGGUUGUGGUUGUGGUUGUGGCCUCGAAGACGAUGACGACCGCAGCCGAAUGGAGGCGUUCAUUGAAGGAGUGCGUGCUGCUACUGCUGCGGGCCUCGCUUGGGAAGAAGGCAUUGAGUGGCAGCACAGCGGAGCGAGUACUCCAGCCAUGUACUCAGAGAGUGGCUAUGGUGAUUUGGUGACGGGUGGUGGAAGCAAAGUGGCUGGUAGUGGAGACGAGAAGAGAAGGGACAGGUUGGGGGUACGCAGUGCUAUGGUGAGCCCGACGCCGACGAAGACCAAGAAGAAGGGGAAGAGGAAGGUCAGAGCUUCGGGGUUGAGCUACUACUAA